UCGCGCACGCGUUGAUCAGUUCCAUCGCGCCGUUCGCGUUCAGAUGGGUCUGUAUAUCCGGGUCGGAGGGAGUGUCUGACAUAUCCAGCAGAAACCCGCUGGAGGUUCACUGAGAGAGAGAGAGAGAGAGAGAGAGAAAGAGAGAGAGACAGAGAGAGAGAGAGAGAGAGAGAGAGAGAGACGAACAGUACGGUACGCGGUAUGGCAUCGGGCAAAGGAACGCGGGCGCGCCGUGUGAUGGAAGCACAUCUGGGAUGAUUUAGAUAAGGAUUAACAUACACAACGCCAUGGAGAAGACGCAGGAGAGGCGGGUCGCGGCUCGGACGGACUCGGCCUCGCUCGGCUCUCCCGGUCCCGGUUGCGCUCCGGUGGGGAACAGCGCGUCUCCGCGGCCCGGACGCAAGCGCGUGAUAGAAGGAGUGCUCAGCAAAUACACCAACCUCAUUCAGGGCUGGCAGAACAGGUAUUUCGUGUUGGACCCUGAGUUGGGUCAGCUGCAGUAUUUCGUGAAUGAGCAGGGGCGGAGCCAGAAGCCCAGAGGUUCUCUUCCUCUGAUUGGUGCGUGCGUGACGUCGAGCGAUGAAGCACCUCACAUGUUCAUCGUCAGCUCAGCCAAUAGAGAGCUCUUCAAACUCAGAGCGGCGGAUGCCACAGAGCAGCAUGUGUGGAUGACACAGAUACAGGCCUGCAGCAGACGCCACUCUGACAGCAGUGCCAAGGUGAUGAAACUCAAGGACUGUGAUGAGCUCCUGUGUGUUGACAGAACUCAAAACACACUUCACACGCAGUGUUCAUCAGGUCGAGCGCGCAGCUUCUCUCUUCUUCCUCAUGUUCCUCUGUCUUCCUCACCUGCAUCUCAGAGACAUCCGCCUCAUACUCCUAGCAACAUUGUUACCAUUACACACCACAAGUCGCCUGGAGCCGCCCGACGUGCCAAAAACCAGUAUUCACAGCGCCUCCUGGAGGUCAGAGAGGUUAUGAAUCAGGCCGAAGGUCAGCAGAAGAAUCUGGUUCAGUCCAUCGAGUCUUUACCCAUGAGAGGACCUCUGUCGUGUCUGGACCAGGACCUUCUUCUGCUGAAAGCCACGUCUGCCGCCACCCUCAGCUGCCUUGGAGAAUGCCUGACUAUCUUACAGCCGGCGUACAGCCGCGCUCCGCCCUCCGACAAUGUUCCCGUGUGGAGCGUUCCAAAGUCUCCCUCGGGUGAACGUAUGAGAAACGGCGGUGCGUCCGCAGAGCCCUCACUCACGAAGACAAACUCACUGCAGAACGCCGCUGAGGACUCUCUGGAGGGGAUUUCAGUCAGUGAUGAGGAGAUUGAUGAAGAAGAUAAUGUGGAGGAAGAUCUCGACGUGCUGGAGGAGCGGAGGAGUGUUAUUCUUCAACUGUGUUCUCAACUCAAACUGGGAAUGGACCUGACACGAGUGGUGCUCCCAACAUUCAUCCUGGAGAAGCGCUCGCUGUUGGAGAUGUACUCUAACUUCAUGGCCCACCCUGAUCUUUUCCUGGCCAUCUCCGCCGGCAGCGGUCCUGAAGAGCGCAUGGUGCGAUUCCUUGAAUACUACCUGACCGCCUUCCACGAAGGAUCCAAAGGUGCGGUGACCAAAAAGCCCUACAACCCCAUGCUGGGCGAAACCUUUCACUGUUCGUGGGAGGUCCAACGAGACCAAAUCCGGCCUCUCGGGAGUCAAACCCAUCCUGUGGGGUCAGCGGAGCGAGAGACAAACACGAGGAGCGUUCAGGAGGCGUUGAGGGCGGGGCCUGACUGUUGCAGGGUGCGAUUCGUGGCGGAGCAGGUGUCCCAUCAUCCUCCGGUGUCGGGGUUUUACUGCGAGUGCGCCGAGAGAGGCAUGUGUGUCAACACACACGUCUGGACCAAGAGCAAGUUCAUGGGCAUGUCAGUGGGUGUCUCCAUGGUGGGCGAAGGCCUGCUGUAUUUGCGGGAUCACGGCGAAGAGUACGUGUUCACGUUCCCGAGCGCCUACGCUCGCUCCAUCCUGACCGUGCCGUGGGUGGAGCUGGGGGGGAAGGUCACCAUCAGCUGCGUUCAGACGGGAUACUCGGCCAACGUCACAUUCCACACCAAACCCUUCUACGGGGGCAAAGUUCACAGGGUAACCGCGGAUGUGAAGCAGAACUCCAGCGGCAUCAUCGUGUGUAAAGCUCAGGGCGAGUGGAACGGGACGCUGGAGUUCACCUACAGCAGCGGAGAGCCUAAAGUGAUUGACACCUCGAAACUGACCGUCAUCAGGAAGCUAAUCCGUCCCGUGGAGAAACAGGGGCGGACCGAAUCCAGGCGUCUCUGGCAGUACGUCACGCGAGCGCUGAAGGAAGGAAACAUUGAUUUGGCUACUGAACACAAACACGUGUUGGAAGAACACCAGAGGACAGAAGAGAGGAGGAGAAUACAGAACAACAUGAGCUGGAAACCCAAAUACUUCAGCAAAGAGGGUGACGGAUGGGUGUACAGAAAUCCAUUACGGAAAACACUGAAAUGAAGUAGAAGACGAUCUCUGACCAGACAGAUUCAGACACUAAAACCAAACAGCCGAUAAAUGGACCUCUAAAUAAAUGGACGGAUGAAGACCUCAGUUGUUUGUACAGAACAAAAAAUGCAUAAUAUGGACACAUAGAACUUUUAUACACUGUAAAAAUAAUAUUUUAUUUUUCACAAAUAUCUUAACAAGAUUUUAUGGUUUUAGACAUACAGGCAGUAUAUUAAUGUUGCCAUGUGAUGGUUUCAAAAUAAGACCUUAAAAGAUGAAGCUAAAAACCACACCAACGUCAUAUUUCACCUCAAAAUCAACAUAAAGAAUUUAUAACUACUGUUACAUAAUGACUAUACAGUCAUGUGCUUCAUUUUCAUUAAAAUAACAUCGCCUUGGAAAAUGCUGCUUUCUUUAUUGCUCUGUGUUCAUUUCUUUUUCAAUUUGAACCUUUAACAGAUUUGGUAAGAUUCAUUUACCCAACAGUAAUGCAUUUAUUUGUCUGUACGUCUUCAGACUCACUGCUAAUUUAGAUUAAAAUUUAAGAGCCAUAAGCGUGAAGUUUUAAGGAUUUUAUAUCGUGACACUUCGUGGUUACAAGUGGUAACCCGGAUACAGCAAAUCAUCAGUAUUUUUGACAAAGGAAUAUAAGUAUAUUUUAUAAUAACAUAUAAGACAUUUUAUUUACAAAUGAUGUAACCAAAUUGCCUGUUCAUUACACAAACGUCACGGUUUUAAUCAACAGGUUACAACAUUGUUGUAGCUUGGAUACAUUCAGAAUGACAGAUUCGUUUUAGAACGUUUUUUACGGACUGAACAGGUUUGACUUCUGCAAGUCACCUUGUGUUUUCACGUGGCAUUUUUUUGUGUUUCGCAACAGAUAUACAGCUGGAGAGCUGUAAGACUUUCUCUCUUUCCAUCAGCUGUGUUAUUCCUGACCUCUUCUAUGGGACAUCUGUUCUUGCAUAACUGCACAUAUUCACAAACAUCACGUGACAAAGCAUCUCAACAUGGGCAGCACAAAUUUUGAGCGUUUAUUUUCAUACGCUGUCAAUCAACGCAAACAUCUAAUAUAGUUUCAGCGGCAGAUCUUCUCCUUGCUGUUUAUAGAAGACCAGAACAACUGAAAGAGUGAGAGGAGCUUCUGGUCUCUUUAUCACACUCGGUCUCACACUCUUUGGAUAAAAGCAUUUUCUAAAUGCAUAAAUGUUUCCAUCAGGAAAUCCGAAUGUUCUCGGGUCUCCCGGAGGCUCUGGGUUUUGGUUUUCAUUUUCUCAAUGCAAACCAUGACUGCUUAUUUACUGACCCGGACACAUUUCUUACGUGGUCUUCCAGCUCAUUU